UGGACGAGGUAGAACAGUGCGAACCGCGAAGGCUUCGUCUCCGCACGACCCACAAAAUAUUAAAAAUAGCACACGACCUCGUGAGCAACUGAGCUUGCGCAGUGAAAAAUUCUCAAUGCUUCUUCAAACCUUCACCGCAGCUUCUCCCAGUUGCCCCUCUUGACCCCUGUUUUCGUUUCUUUGUGAAGAAAUUUACACUUGUCUAUUUCAUAAUUACUCCUCAAACGAAUCAAUUGCUUCUGCGAGAGGGAAUUUUUGUAUAUGGAUUGGUUGAUUAAUUUGAGUCAGUGCUAGUCUUUGAUGCUGUUCUUGCUUCAGAUAUGGCUUCUAAGUCUCCGUCAUUUUCCUGUCUAGCAGCUUCUCCGUCUUCUCCUUUCCAACGCCGGAGAACUGCCCAGCUGAGGUUAUCACAAAGGUUGUUCAACAGCCAGCAAAAUAGUGCGCAGCAGUUAAUAUGCACUAGAGACAAGUCAAAUCAGUUAAUACAUGGAAUGAGGAAGAUAAAUGGAAGGAUCCAGAAGCAGCGACAUCGUGUUUUUGUUGCCUCUGAGGAUCAGUCACAGCAUAAUGAGCUCAAAACAGAUGAUUUCGUGCCAGAAAACCAUGAUAUGAACUCUGAAGAAAUCUCAAUUGAUAGCAAUUCUUCUUUCUAUUCAUCAAGUGGUGACGGAAAGCUUGGUCUGAUAUCAUUUUAUAAUCGUCCUUAUAGGAAAGAUAGUGAGAUGCUUCAGUUGAAUGGAGAGAGGGAUCAAAACAGCAUACUGUGGUUUAUGGGCCCCGCAGUUCUUGUUGCUUCCUUCAUUUUUCCUUCACUCUAUUUACGUAGAAUUCUUUCUGUCAUCUUUGAGGACUCUUUGUUGACUGAUUUCCUCAUAUUAUUCUUCACAGAGGCAAUAUUCUAUUGUGGUGUUGCGGUAUUUCUUUUUCUACUAGACCGUUUAAGGAGGCCAGUGCUAGAUGUUGCUGCAAAUAAUAACGAUGCUCCUACUCCUCAACUGGGACAAAGGAUCUCUUCUGUUGCUAUUCUAGUACUUAGUCUUAUAAUUCCAAUGGUCACUAUGGGUUUGGUCUGGCCAUGGACGGGCCCUGCGGCUUCUGCAACUCUUGCUCCAUACCUGGUUGGUAUAGUUGUACAGUUUGCAUUUGAGCAAUAUGCUCGAUAUCGGAAGUCCCCUUCAUGGCCCGCAAUACCCUUUAUCUUUCAGGUUUAUAGACUGCACCAACUAAAUAGAGCAGCCCAAUUGGUGACAGCUCUGUCAUUUACAGUUAGAGGAGCUGAAAUGACCUCACAUAACCUUGCUAUAAAUAGCUCUUUGGGUACUCUUUUAAACGUCCUACAGUUCCUCGGCGUGAUUUGUAUUUGGUCACUUUCAAGUUGCCUUAUGAGGUUUCUACCUUCUGUUUCUGCAACAACGCAAUGACGCCCAGACUUCCGUGUAAGAUAUUAUCACCCUAGCCAAAGCACGCCCCAGUUCGUCUACGUGCAGAUUUUAAUCAUCAUCCUUUGUAUAUUUCAAGGAUAUUAGUAAAAAAAUAUUCUUUUGAGCUUUCUGUUUAACUGCUUAAAUUUUUGAAAUGGGAUAAUCUUUUUUUACGUGGUAAUUAUUGUUUUUUUGGCACUCUAGUUGAAUUACAUGAGAGCAUGAGUGAGUUCUCCGGUGAGAAUGUGGUCAUGACAUUUAAAAUUAUCCAUGGCAUCUCUUGUAGAAACAAAA